AUGCCUCUCGUCGUUCCUGGAGUCACAGCCGAUAACGUGAGCGCCGACGAGGCGCAGGUGUGGCUGUCCAAGCUGGCAGGAAAGACGUUGACAGAGGGACCGUCUACGGAAACGACCUUUUGCAAGACCGAACUUCCCCAACAGACGCGAGUUAUCGAGCCAGGCAUGAUGGUGACUAAAGAUUAUCAACCCGAUAGACUCAAUGUCCAGGUCAAGGAAGACGGGACUGUUUCGCACGUGUAUCACGUCAGUUCCCUCUCCCCGCCCCCAAAAACCCUCCUUCAUGUGGCCCACGCGAACAAACCCCCCCCACCACUCAAGCAACCAACUAACCCGUCCCAUCUCUCCUUGGGCCAACAAAGCCUCCACGGCUCCCCCAAACAAAAACUCAAGUCCUCCAUCCAGCGCUCGAUCCGACAAUCCAUCCUGACGACCUACCCGCUGCUGACGCCGCACAUCGACGAGGUGCUGCCCAAGAAGCACUCGCUCGAGCAGAUCAAGCUGCCGGACCGCGCGGCGCUCUUCGUCAUCGACGGCCACCCGAUCGUCUACCAGCAGGACAACAACGCCAACCGCGUGCUGCUGCCCCACCUGCGCCUCGUCCACCGCUUCCCCCAGUGCUUCCCCACCGUCCGCAUCGACCGCGGCGCCAUCCGCUUUGUCUUGUCUGGCGCUACGCUGAUGGCGCCCGGUCUGACGAGCAAGGGGGGGCGGCUGCCCAUUCCGGAGGGGGGGGAUGGAGAUGGGGAUGAGGAGGAAGGGGAGGAGGGCGUGAAGGUGCCUAAUGAGGGGCCUGAUGAGGAUGGGCAUUGGAGUAGAGAGUUGGAAAAGGGGGAGCCGGUUGUGAUUAUGGCUGAGGGCAAGGAAGAGGCUGCUGCGGUGGGGAUCUUAGUGAUGGGGACUAAGGAUAUCAAGGAGAAGGGGAAGGGGCCGGUUAUGGAGGAGGCGCAUUACCUGGGGGAUGGGCUAUGGGGGUUGAGUGUCGAGUAG